AUGAACGACAGUCUUGGUGCGCUCUUGGCCAUCGUCGUCCUGUGGUCGAUCCUGCGCUUUGCGUUUGGCGGUGGCCCUCACAACUCCACCGGUGGUAACCAGGCGCCAGCAAUCAAUGCAGCUCGUUCACGUCCGGUGCCACAACAUAUGGUAGACUCGAUCAAGGCGCUCUUCCCACACAUUCCAGACGCCUCGAUCCGCUACGACCUUCAGCGCUCCGGUAGUGUCGAAGAAACUUGUGAACGUAUCUUGAACGAAGGCGGCCUACCUUCUCCACCAGCUGGCUUCUUCAGUACAGCCGAAACUUCCACGUCGCCCAAUGCAGCAAAUCUUGGAGCGCAGAAUGUCCAUCGUGCGCCAACAAAUGCAGCUGCUGUGCGUUCUUCAUCAGCCACUAGCGCUUCGGACAAGUCUCCUAACCUCAUUUCGCGCUUCGGUCUCCAAUCACGCUUGACAUCCGACAACCAGCCGUCCAUGCUCGACUCUCAUCCAAGCUCCAGCAAUCAAGGCAGCUCAAGUAGCUGGGCCACAACACCGGAAGAGCGCGCCAGGAUACUCAAGGAUCGAAAGGAGAAAAUGAUCCUCGAAGCAAGAAGAAAGAUGCUCGAGAGGCAGAAAGCCAACCUGGCUUCCGAAACUACGACGCCAGCGGCUUCCACCUAG